AUGAUCCUUCCUCCGGGCCCACGACCGACCCUGGCCCGGAAGCCUAUCAGCAUGUUUGAGACAGGCGUAAACCAGUCCGUAAACCAGUCCCCCUCCUCAACAUUGGCUCUGACAUUGACACUGACCACGCUGAAAAUGGCGCCCAAAGAGAAAUGGCAUAGUACACACGACGAAGAGCAGUCUCUCAUGGCCGAAAACUGUGACGACGACUCAGUCUCUUCGACUACGGGGUUUCGAAGCCAUAAAGCUUCACGAUAUCGCCUACUAUCCAGGCCGUCAAUUUCACCCUUGAAGGACUUGAUCUUGAUUGCAUUCGCAAUCCUGGGCUUUGUUAGCCUCCUCCAGUCUCCAACAAACCUCCACCCUCACACCCACCCGGAGGGAACCUCGACUCCGGACAUCUUGCACGCGGCACCCGCAGUCGCGUCUUGCGAUUGCGGAAAUUCCACCGCCGAAGCAGUCACUUUGGGCUGCAAAUACGACUCUCUGGCCGCCGCCUGGCUCCCCGAGCACUGUCGGGACGACGAGCUGACGGCCGAAUUUGAGCGCUCUGGGCCCGGCCCUAACGGCGAGUGGACGUACUGGGCUGACACCGCGCAUACUCAAGAGAUCAGUGUCGGAGAGAUUGCGAAGAUGGCGGAUAAUCAGGAAGAGCUGCGCUUCCACAUGUCUGGCCACUGGCAUGUUCUUCACUGUAUUUUCUACUGGAGAAAGGAGCACAGGGCGCGGUUCAACGGGAAGAUUGUUGAGCCACGGUCAGACAAUGAGAAGCAUAUCAAGCAUUGCGGCAAGAUCUUUUUGGAUCCGGGGUAUGGUACUGUGGCUGGGGUGGCGUUGAACACUGAUAUGGAUCCAAGAUGUUCUCUUCAAUACUUGGUAGGCAGUUUCGAAUCAAUCGCAGCAAACCAAGAGUUGAAGUUUCCACCGUUAAGACGUGCAUGCCACACGGUCCUGGCUUAUACCUGGCACCGCCUACCUUGCCCUCUCCUAUAUCAACAGGGCAAGUCCACAUACUACCCGCAUAUCAUAAUACCACAUUAUAGCCAUCAUCAAAUCCUCAACAUGGUAUCUCAACAAGCAUUGAAACUUCCGUCGCCGACUUGUAGGUAUCAGUCGCUCAAUGACGACACUACAGACAAUCCGCCUGCGAAGACCAGAGGCCUUACCACCCGACAGCCAAACCGACUCGUAUUGUUCUCGCUACUCGCGACAGUCGCAAUACUCGGAACUUUGCUUCUGAUUCUACUAUUCCUACACCUACGGCUUCUACAAUCAACAACACCAAGGCAGAAACUUGGCUGCGGAAGCAGCGUUGCCGAAGCUCAGCAGGCAGGAUGCACCUUUGACGCUCUCGCAAAAGCCUGGCUGCCCGCCGUCUGCCCCCGCUACGGCCUAGCCGAAUUCGAAGCGGCAGCGGGCGCAGCGCAUAACCAAUCUCGUUGGCGUUACUGGCGGGACCAGGCCGGAGAAGAGGAGCUCAGCAUGGAAGACCUCGCAUCUCUCGGGAGGAGCGAGAAAUGGUGGGGCACGGAGCGGGAACACUUGACGCACUGCGCGUGGAUGCUGGUUCGAAAGGCGCGCGCAUUUGCCGAUGGUGGCAGGGUGGAUAAGCUAACGGCGGACUUUGAUCACUCCAAGCACUGCACCAUGCUUCUGCUGUGGAGGGCGCUGCAGGCUGAGGGGAUUGACGAGAUGGAUACGAGCGGAAACGUUGUGUUUGGAGGAUGCUGA